GCGUUCUCUCUCUCAAACUCUCAGGUAAGCUUCUUCAGUUUCCCACUUUCCCUCUUACACCAAUAUCCAAUUUUGUGUGUUUGCAAAUAAAUAUGUGUUAAGUAAUGUGGUUUCGUUUCUAGCUGCAAGUUUCUUCCUUUCCAAAGGUUUGUGUCGAUCUUAAAAUCCCAGAGUUUGAUAAACCUAAUUCUCUCCUUCCGUUUUUAAUUUUGUAGAAACUUGACCUAUACUAGGCCCUGAGUCUGAUUGCGAGAAUCGCUGACAAAAAAAUGCAAUUUUCUUGUGAUCCUGAUCAAGAAGGAGAUGAGCUGCCACAAUAUGAACACAUUUAUCAAAAUGACUUCUCUUAUCGAAAGCACAAGAAACAAAAGGAAGAAGAUAUAUCUAUCUGCGAAUGCAAGUUUGAUUUCGGAGACCCUGACAGUGCUUGUGGUGAGAGAUGCCUCAAUGUCAUUACCAACACUGAAUGUACUCCUGGUUACUGCCCCUGUGGUGUCUAUUGCAAGAAUCAGAAGUUCCAAAAAUGUGAAUACGCCAAAACAAAGUUGAUCAAGUGUGAAGGUCGUGGUUGGGGACUAGUGGCUCUUGAAGAGAUAAAGGCGGGGCAAUUUAUAAUGGAGUACUGUGGUGAAGUAAUAUCAUGGAAAGAAGCAAAGAAGAGGGCUCAAACUUAUGAAACUCAUGGUGUCAAGGAUGCAUACAUUAUAUCUCUCAAUGCAUCUGAGGCUAUUGAUGCCACUAAGAAGGGAAGCCUUGCUAGGUUUAUAAAUCAUUCAUGUAGACCAAAUUGUGAGACGAGGAAGUGGAAUGUACUGGGAGAAGUUAGGGUUGGGAUCUUUGCAAAAGAGAGCAUCUCUCCCCGGACCGAAUUGGCUUACGACUAUAAUUUUGAAUGGUACGGUGGUGCCAAAGUGCGUUGUCUCUGUGGUGCGGUUGCAUGCUCUGGAUUUCUUGGAGCCAAGUCUCGUGGCUUUCAGGAGGAUACAUAUGUAUGGGAGGAUGGUGACGAUCGGUAUUCAGUUGAUAAAAUUCCAGUCUAUGAUUCUGCAGAGGACGAGCUUACAUCUGAGCCUUCUAAGAAUGGCGAGUCCAACACAAAUGAAGAGAAAGAGAAAGAUAUCUCAACAGAGAACCAUUUGGAGUCUACUGCUCUGAAUAUUCAACAGCAAUCAGAUUCAACUCCAACUCCUAUGGAGGAAGAUGUCGUCACGGAGACUGUUAAAACCGAAACAUCUGAAGACAUGAAGCUGCUCUCACAAAAUUCACAAGAAGAUUCAUCGCCAAAGACUGCAAUUGUAUCACGGGUUCACGGUAACAUUUCCAAGAUCAAGUCCGAAUCUCUUCCGAAGAAAAGAGGCAGGCCGUUUUCAGGCGGAAAAACAAAGAAUGUCGCUCAGAAGCAUGUUGACAUAGCGAAUGUGGUUCAGCUACUAGCAACCAAAGAAGCUCAAGAUGAAGUUCUCAAAUACGAGGAGGUGAAGAAGGAAGCAGCAGUACGACUCUCGUCAUUGUACGACGAGAUAAGGCCGGCGAUUGAGGAGCAUGAAAGAGAUAGCCAAGACAGUGUAGCAACAAGUGUGGCGGAGAAAUGGAUACAAGCAAGCUGUAAUAAACUCAAGGCAGAGUUUGAUCUUUACUCUAGUGUAAUAAAGAACAUCGCUUCCACUCCCAUCAAACCACAAGACACAAAGACCAAAGUCGCGGAAGCAGGAAACGAAGACCAUAUUAAACUCUUGGAAGCCAAAUGAGAAUUAGCUCGGAAGGACACCUCUAAUGGACAAAAAAAUAUCUUAAGAACUGGAAGCUAACUUGGUUUACUUUUCACGUUUGAAAAUGUAAUAAAUAUUUUUAAAAUGAGAACAUUUUGUUGAAAUUUAAAAUUUUAGUAAUCAAAUUUUUAUUAAUC